AAAUCCACAAACUUGUAUGGUUUGAUGUGAUACGUCAGAUUGUAAAGUUACUUUUAUUAUUACUUUUAUUAUAAAUUAGAUCUAAUGGAUUCUAUGAAAUUAUAUCAGUUAGCGGAUUUAUUUUGUGUUUGUAGUAGUUUUAUUUCUUAUUUUUAUUUUGUACCUGAUUAGUGAUUCGACAGCGGUUAAAGCAUACCAAAUCGAUCCUUUGUCUGGCCUUGGGUUUUUUUUUGGGUCAUUUGCAAUCAUUCUAAGUUGGAUGAAUUGAGUCCCUUCCAAACAAUUUCUAAUAAUCAUUGAUCCCACUUCCUAAUAACCAAAAUAUAAUUUCAUCCUUGUGCGAACACAAUCCAAAAUAUAAAAAAGAAGCUUUAAGAAUGACCAAUGUUACUUGUUCAAGACCAGGAAAAAAAGUAAUUCUCUAUUCUUGAUUUGGGAUAAUGUGCGUUUACGAGGGCCCUUAAAAUAGCGCAAAAGUCGAGAUCAAACCAUGUGCACAAGCUAAGCUGUAUACAAACUCGUGUCAUGCCUUUAUAUAUCCUUAAUGAACAUUUAACGGUCAACGUUUUCCCUUCGUAGCAGUUGGAGUUUCUCGGGUUUUGGUCAAGUUUACAAUAUAAAGAUUGAACAGUGUUUAGGGAUGUGGGAUUUGUUAGCUUUCUGUCUUUGAAUAUACGCCUCGUGCAAUAAUCUAAGCCAUGAGCACAGUUGAACUUGAAUCUCACUUCAACUAAUUCCCCCACUAGCUAGAAACAAUCAAAAGGCAAAAGCAAACCAGUGUUGAUAGAUGCUAUCUUUUGAUUCUUUUGAACCUAACCUCUCUUUAUCCUCAAGCAAAGUACACCAUGAAAAGUCACUUCUAUAAAUACAGAAAGAAUAGCUUUUCUUUCUUCAGCUAGCUAUAGCCUAAGAUUUUCCCUGCUUGAUGCAGCUGUUUCCACAAGUUUUAUCUUGCUUUUACAGUUACAUUGCUACUUGUUUGUGCAUGUUCCCUGUAUUUAAUUUGUCAUAUAGAGCUAUUGGAAUUCCAACAAAUCGAAGUCUUUGGAUCCAAUAACAGAGAGUAGAGGAUGAUGCAGAAAAGGGCAGUUUUAUUAGUUGUUCUUCUCCUCCACAGCCAUGUAGUCUUUGCUUCAGACCCAGAUCCAGUUCUGGACUUCUGCGUAGCCCCCAAAUCAUCAGCAAACAGUAAUCACUCAUGCAAGAACUCAUCAGCCGUUACUGUGGAAGACUUCACAUUCUCAGGCAUAAAAUAUCCUGGAAACUACAGCCAAACUGGCUUUUCAGCCAUGCCAGUGAAUUCAAAUGUCUUUCCAGGUUUAAACACGCUUGGCAUGUCAUUUGUGAGAGCAGACUUUGAUGUUGGUGGUAUCAACGUGCCACAUUUCCAUCCUAGAGCAACCGAGACUGCGUUUGUGCUGGAGGGGAGGAUUUAUUCGGGAUUUGUUGAUACAAGUAACAGGAUUUUUGCAAAAGUGGUUGAGAAAGGAGAGGUCAUGGUGUUCCCUAGAGGUCUGCUACACUUCCAGAUGAAUGUUGGAGAUACCCCAGCGAGUAUUUUGGGGAGUUUCAACAGCCAGAACCCAGGGUUGCAGAAAAUCCCAACUGCAAUUUUUGGGUCCGGAAUCAAAGAAGAGCUUUUGGAGAAGGCUUUUGGAUUGAGUGCUAGGGAGAUCGCCAAAUUGAGGAGGAAAUUUGUUCCCCACUGAUUAAGCUAGAGGGUGGACUGCAGUUGUGUCAACUUAUUUUUGAUAAAAAUUUGAUAAAGUGUGGCACUGCAUGGUUUAUGAGCUAAGUUAGAUUGUAGCAAUUCAUGCAUACAUGUAUUGAUGAUAUUUGUCGUUGACUUAUAAUAAAAUUCCAUUAGUGCAGGUUCUUUCAA